AUGAUCCAAUCGUUAACACGAAACUUCUCUUUUCUUGCCUCGCACCUUCUCAUCGCAACUAAUACAAAACAUGUUGGGUUGAGUCUAUACACACAUACUUUCUGUUGCAGAUCAAAUGAAAUGGAGAGUGAAAUUGAUGAGAGCAUUGACAUGGCGGAUUAUUUUACAUUUGAUGCAUUUAGUUUUUUUACUUUGGCAGUGGACAAUGAGAUAAGAAGUGGGACUUCUUCAAAUUUGGGAGCAUCCCCCCGUGUCCAUAGUUUUGCUUCGAUGGUGGACAUUGCCAUAAGGAGUAGGACUUCGUCAAAUUGGGAAACAUCUUCUCGUGUCUGCGGUUUUGCUUCGGGAGUGGGCAGUGCCAUAAAGAGUAGGACUCCGUCAAAUUUGGGAACUCCUCGUGUCCAUAGUUUUUCUUCGGGAGUGGACUUUGUGAUUAGGAGUAGUAGUGGAGGAACGGAUUUAGAAACCUCCCCUGUGCAUGGUUUGGCUUCGGAAGUUUAUACGAGGAAUGUUGCUGCAGGAUCAUCACAAGUUCCGUUGAAUGCCACGGGACUUUUUGUUGAAGGAUUACAAUUAUUCAGCCUGGCUGAGCUUGUAGAUGCUACCGACAAUUUCUCACAUCACAACAAGAUUGGUGUUGGAAGCUUUGGUGUCGUGUACGGAGGCAAACUUGUUGAUGGUAGUGAAGUGGCUAUCAAAAGGAAUGAAACCAGUUCCAAGAUGAAGGAGUUUCAAAAGAUUGUUUUUGGGUAUUUAUUGACCUUCUUGCGACGUCUACACCACGAACACUUGGUAGGACUAGUUGGGUUCUGUGAAGAAAAAGAUGAUAGACUCUUGGUGUACGAGUACAUGAAGAAUGGAUCGUUGUAUGACCAUUUGCAUCACAAGGGUAGCAUUGUGUUGAAUUCGUGGAAAACGAGGAUCAAGAUUGCUUUGGAUGCUUCCAGAGGAAUAGAAUAUCUUCAUUACUAUGCAGGUACAAAUAUUUACAGGGCUAUAAAGUCUUCUAACAUUCUUCUUGAUGAUACAUGGACGGCAAGAGUUUCUGAUUUUGGAUUGUCGUCGUUGAUGGAAGCAGCAGGAACUAUUGGAUACAUAGAUUCUGAGUUCUGCAGUCUAUAUGUGUUGACAGCAAAGAGUGAAGUGUAUGCGUUUGGAGUUGUACUGCUUGAGAUUUUAACGGGAAAGACACCUAUAUUGUGCGGUGAAGAUGGAAGCACCCCAUUAAGUGUGGUGGAGUUUGCAGUGCCUCCAAUUUUGGCUGGGGAUUUGGCCAAAAUUUUGGAUCCAAGGGUUGGAGCACCCCGUGUCAAUGAAGCAAAGGCAGUGGAGUUAGUGGCCUAUACUGCUAUCCGUUGUGUGAAUUUGGAAGGGAAAGAUAGACCAUCUAUGGCUGAAAUUGUGCUCAAUUUGGAAAAAUCUUUGGAUAUUAUUUGUGAUAUAUAG